AUGUCAGACGAUCGCUUCUACACCACUACUCCCAAAUACUCCAAGAAGGUCCUGAUUCAAGGGGACCCAGAUUACGAGAAAUGCCGACGAAUGAACCCCACUGCCCACAAGAUUGAACGUUUUCCUGCUGAGAUUCACAUUCCCGAGACACCUGCUGAAGUGGCCAAGGCUCUUGCACGUGCAACCGAGCUUGGUGUACCUAUUGGCGUUCGAUCUUCGGGUCACAUCUUCCAUUUUCCUGCCCUUUGGCACGGUGGCAUCCUCAUAGAUGCGGUCAAUCUGAACCGCCGCAUCGACUAUGACCCGGUCACCAAGGAGAUCUGCUUCGGUCCCUCCUCUCGAGUCGAGGAACUCGCUGCCAAGCUAAAGGAAGUCAACCGCUUCUUCCCUCAUGGCCACGCUCCUACUGUUGGAUCAGCAGGCUUCAUGCUGGCUGGUGGCCAAGGUUGGUUUGUUCGAGGCUGGGGCGCGACGAACCAAACAUGGAUCACCAAGAUCGAGAUGGUUGUUCCUGAUGGCCGCACGCUCAUCGCUAGCCGUACCGAGAACCAGGAUCUCUUCUAG